GCCGGUGUGAGCAGGGCGGGGGGAACGGCAAGAGCUGCGCGGGUUAGCGGUGGCGCCCGCGGAGAGUGAUGGCGGUGCGCAGCGCCGGGGCCACCUGAGGGGGGAUCUCCAUGGCGACGGCGCGUGUUUGGGAAGGUCCCUCCGCUUUCCCGUCCCCCGGUGCUGGUGCUGGUGGUGGUCGUGGCCGUCUUCCUGCGGCUGCAGCGGCCGCAGCCCCUCUCGGAGCGCACGGGAUGUGAGAGGGAGGCGCUGCCGCGGAAGGGAACUUCGCCCCGAGCAACUGAUUCCUUCUUCCUCACUCUCUCGCGCAAAAAAGAAGUCGCACCUCGGAAGGCGGUGCUGCGGGGAGCGGGUCGGCCGGCCUGCUUCCCCCCCAGCCUGAGCCCCGAGUGGCCUCGGUGUGGUUCAGUCCUGGAUGCCUGCUGACUGCUGCGCCUUGAGAAGUGCGCGUAAUAGGCGCCGUGUAGAAGUUAGAAGAGGCGCGCGAAGAGGGCUGGGGUAACGCAGACGGUGGCGGGUUUUUUAAAGACAGACCAGCACCUUUAUUCGAUCUGGGCUUCCAGCUCACUUAGUUUUCAUCAGAAUACUUGAAAUAAUUUAAUGUGGAUUAGUGGUACCAUCUGUUCCAAGAUUUGUUUAUUCUUUAAAGGAAAAGUCAUAAGUAUCAGCCCUUUGGAUUUAUCAUGAGACUUGCAAAGCAAAACAUCACCUCUUUGAUUAAUAAUACGAAAGACAAAUGGCUUGAAAAGGUGUCUGUAAAAUGUAACCAAGGUUCCAGUUUGGCGUCAUCUUGCUUCCAAUAUCAGCAGCAGCUUUGUUCCUUCAUCAAUGUAACAGUUUGGAAAGCUUUAGCAGCUGACGAAAUGAUUGAGAGUCGUGGAAAAUAUGAUUUCUACAUUGGUCUUGUCUUGGCCAUGAGCUCCAGUCUUUUUAUUGGAGGGAGUUUCAUCCUGAAGAAAAAAGGUCUCCUUCGAUUGGCCCGAAAAGGCUCUAUGAGAGCAGGACAAGGUGGCCAUGCGUACCUUAAAGAGUGGCUAUGGUGGGCUGGACUUUUGUCAAGUAAGUAACCGGAAAAACUAGAAACUGGCUGUUAGCCUAACCCCUUAGCAGGAGAGAAUAGUUCAUACAUU